UGUCGAAAUCGACUUAAAACGUGCCUGUGUUUUAGACAAACAAUACACCAAAGGUUGACCAUGGAUAAAUUCAGCAAAUCCCAAAAGGACGAAUACGCGACGGCGUUCGCCAUCUUGGCCCUUUACGACGGAGGUGCCGACGUUUCUACCGAGCAGAUUGGAGCGCUGUUGGAAGCCACCGGAAACACGGAAGUGGAAGCAUUCUACCCCAUUAUCUUUGCCAACUUUUUGAACAGUCCGGAAAAGAUUGGAGAACUCAUUGCCUUACCCGCUGCUGGCGGUGGUGGUGGCGGAGGCAGCGCUGGUGGUGCCGACAAUGCCGAAGCCGCGGAAGUAGUCAAGGAAGAAGAAAAGGAAGAGGAGGUUGAGAUGGACCUGGGUGGCGGUAUGGAUAUGUUUGGAGGAGACGAUGGCGAUGGCGGCGGCGACUACUAAAGCUCUUUG